GCUAGUUUGGGUGCUUGACUGCUGUUGUGUGGUCAGAACGCUCGAAUCAAGUCUACUCCUCAGCCAGAGUACGAAACGCUCUGAAUUUACGAAAGGACAAUCUGACAACGCUCUGAAUUUACGAACGCCCAGAACGCACUCUGAGUGCACUCCAGAUUGAAUUUACGAACACACCCGUAGCUAGCUACUAGUGGAGUAGACAGACAGCUGACCAUGCAUCCACAAAACUGAACAUAAACUCGAGAGAGAAUUAUCCAGUCAAACCCAAACGAAUGCAAUUCUAUAGCUAUACGAUCGUAUAAUUUAAACGUGAUGUUUACAUGCUAAAUUACACACGAUUUCAUUUCAAUUUCACAGCACGACGCUAGCCUAAACGUCACAUCCGGUCCCAACCGCCUGGCCUGGACUAAAAAGAACGCAAUUCUUGUUCCUGAGACGUUAGUCAAAAUAACUUUUUAUACAUUAUAUUAUAUUCACUGCACCAUUCCGACAACUGAUAGCAGUGAUACGAAUGUCAGCAUCCUGCAAAGCUGCAUUACACUGAAUCCAGUGUCCCUUGCAAGCAGCAAUCUAUUGUCAAGGGUGAGAAAUGCAUACGAAGGUGAGUAGCAACCAUGCCCAACGGGUUUUGUCCUUUCUGAAUGAGCAGAGGAGUCUCAGCUCGUUCUGUGAUGCCAAGCUGACUGUAGGAGGAGGUGGGAGGGUGUACAAUGCCCAUCGCAAUAUCCUGGCCUGUUUCAGUGGGCGGUUCCAGGAGUCCGAGCCAACCACCACCAUGGUUAAGGAGGUCUCCCUCCCAGAGGAGUUCCCCACUGAUGGCCUGGAACUGCUUCUAGACUUUUUCUAUACAGGGGAGUUAAACCUUGACUCUCUGAAUCUGGAGAAUGUGCGACAGGCUGCAGACAGCUUAUGUGUACCAGAUGCGCUCGCACUUUGUCAGCAGUUUGCCACAGAAGGGACAGUUUCUCCAGAAGGACUGCAGUCUGCAUGUCUUCUGAGACAUCAUUUUAAGCCAAUCUCAGCUGUAACUUAUGUGGAAACCAAGGUCACCCUAAAAAGAGGGAGGCCCCCUAAAAAAAGAGGGAGGCCCAAAAAAUCCCAAACCCCUAGUAGCGGCUCAAGUAAGAAGGAUCGUCUGGAAGCUACCGCCACCACAACUGCCAUCACAACUCGCUCUGGGAGUAGGGUGAAGGCCUCCAGAUGCCCGCUUGGAGAGGGCCCCGGUGUGCGUCUCCUGCUCCAUGGGGAGACCACUAGCAGGGGGACUCCACCACUAGUUAUUAGCCUAAAGGAUAGGAGUGAUGGGGCUGAGGAGGGACAAAGCCUCCCUCAGCCUUCAGAUACAACAGAGGUAACAGAUGUGUUCGGCAGCCUUGUACCAGAUUUGAGCUACAAAGCUAAUUCUCAUCUGCAGCCUCUUGAUGAAGAAGACGAUGAUGAUGAUGAUGAUGAUGAUGAUGGCGGUGGUGGUGGUGAUUUGGUGGAGGGGGUAGCUGAGGACACUGAUGAAGAGUAUGUGCCCCAUGCCCUGCCGUCUACCUCCUCCAGCCCCAAAGGCAGACGUAAAGGACCAACCAAAGCUGUCAAUAAAGAGAACGGUGAACGGGCAGCCAAGGGGUCUACAAAGGGCUCUGUUCAGUGCCCCACCUGCAAUAAGACCUUCCUCAGCAAGUAUUACCUCAAAGUACACAACAGGUGUCAUACAGGUGAGAAGCCCUUUCCAUGCUCAAAGUGUGGGAGGAGGUACUACAGGAAGGAGAAUCUGAUGGACCACCAGGCCAGAAACUGCAACUGUGGUGAAAAAAUAAAAGCGGUACACAACUGCCUUCAAUGCCACAUGUCAUUUGACAGAUUGGGGGAUCUACGUCUGCACACGGUCUCCCAUACAGGGGAAAUGCCCAAUAAGUGUACGUCAUGCUCGGAACAGUUCAUGCAUAAAAAAGAUUUAAGAAGUCAUGAAAUCAAAAUCCACGGUGCACCCAAACCACAUGCAUGCUCUCUGUGCAGCAAAGCAUACCUGUCUAAAACAGAGCUGCGUCUGCAUGAGGCGUCCAAGCAUCGUGGCGAGAAGCUCUUUGUGUGUGAGGAGUGUGACCAUCGAGCCUCCAGCCGACACGGCCUGCAGAUGCAUAUCAAAGCAAUUCACAGAAACGAGCGUCCAUUUGUGUGUGAGUACUGCAACCGUGCGUUCACCCAGAAGGCUAACCUUAACAUGCACUUGCGGGUUCACACUGGAGAGAAGCCCCAUCAGUGCCACCUCUGUGGGAAGACCUUCCGGACACAAGCCAGUCUUGACAAGCACCACCGCACCCACACGGGAGAGCGUCCUUACAGCUGUGAGUUCUGUAACCAGCGCUUCACAGAGAAAGGACCAAUGCUCCGCCAUGUUGCCAGCAAGCACCAGGAGGACCGCCCUCACUGUUGCAAGAUAUGUGGCAAGACCUUCAAGGCCAUCGAGCAGCUCCACGUACAUGUGCGUCGCCAUCAGGGCAUGAGGAAGUUUGAGUGCGAAAAGUGUGGCUACAAGUUUACCAGACAGGCUCACUUACGGCGUCAUGUUCAGGUCCACACCCGUACAGAGAACUACAAUCCACGGGAGAGAAAGCUACGGAACCUGAUAGUGAAGGAUGUGGGGUUGCCGGAUGAGACUAGCCCCUCACAGAUACCACCCACUGAGAAGGAGACACCCGAGGGGCCAGCGCCUGUCUCUGGACCCAGUGUCCCAGUCUCUGUUCCUGUCUCUGGACCUAUACCUGGACCUGGAACUGUACUAGGAGCCAGUGACAUCCUCAGGGUGGUGAUCCAGCCCCUUACAGAGGAGGUGGUGUCCAGCCAAGGGCAGAUGGAGGUGGGCUUUACCCAGGUUGGGGUGGCACAGGGACAUGGCCAGGUGGAUGUGAUGUCCAUCAGCCAGGGUUUGACUUUGGCGGCGCAUAGCUUCAAUGUGACAGAUGUGAUGGAGCAGACUCUCCUGGUCGCAGAUUACCCCAUCCCUGAGACCACGGUGGAGCUGGAGGACAUACAGGAGGAUCCUCCUGCUAAGAGCAAGGCCUGAGGACUAAGAGCAAGGCCUGAGGACUAAGAGCAAGGCCUGAGGACUAAGAGCAAGGCCUGAGGACUAAGAGCAAGGCCUGAGGAUCUAAGAGCAAGGCCUGAGGACAGGACAGACUGGUUAGUAUCUCAGACCACUAGACAUUCUCAUUGGAGAACACUAGAGCAGCUUGAGUACUGCAAGACUUCAAGAACUCCCAGUGUGGCUACUCGCUCUGCUCUGCAGUCGAAGCAUUCAUUUAAUUUCAGUCAUUAUUGUAACCAUGUUUUCUGUCUAAAUUACUGUACAGAAGAACUGGUUCCCACUCAGCCCAGUAGAUGAUGAACCCCUCAAGACAUUCCCCUACUCUGUGGACAUCAUUCAUUUUGCCUGUGCAUUGGGUCUGACAAUGUAAUAUAAGUUGGCUUAGGUUUUAUGAAGUUUGUUGUGUUUUUACACAAUAGGUCAGGUUGUGAGAAGUGAAUGUAAAUCAAUGGGAUUGUCUUGCAUCAAGUCAAACGGUAAACAGAAUAAAGUGGCAGUCCUGCCUGCAGUUUUAUUGUAA